AUGCCCAUCAUCCUUCUGCACGACGCGGAAGGGGGUAUCAUUACCGUAGAGCUGAAGAACGGCGAGGUGUGCCGAGGAGUGCUGGACGAGGCGGAGGAUAGCAUGAACCUCGUGCUCAAGGACUGUGUGAAGACCAACAUCCGGGGGAAGACAAGCACCUUGCAACAGCUCUACAUUCGCGGGAACCAGAUUGUAUUUUGUAUCGUGCCAAACAUGCUGCGGAAUGCGCCCAUGUUCGCGAGGAUCAAGCAGGGGAGAAAGUACAAGGGGCACCCCCCCGUGCUGGCAUCAGAGGGGGCCAAGGGACAGCGAGCCGCGAUCAUCCGCAAAGCUGCUAUGGGUGGCGGGAGAGGAGACGGAGGAGGGCGAGGAUUUGGAGGGGGGGCGCCUUUCGGCGGAGGGCGGGAUGGAGGGGGGCGCGGACGAGGAUCUGGAGGUUACGGGGGGAGCAAUGCCGGUGCAUACGGUCCCGGUGGCAGCGGUGGCGGUGGAGGUUACGGGGGCGGUAGGGGGGCAUCACCAUUCCAGCGGUGA